GAGAUGAAUGGUGCUGCCUGGAGGAGAGUCACAUUCGAUAAUACAAAUCAUAUCGUGACAGCCCCUCCUGGGGGUGCGAAGGUUUUGCAGGUCUUCCCUUCACAUAUAUUCGCAGGAACAGCCCUUGCUCAGAGUCCGUUGCUGGAGGCCGUUAGCGAGACUGUGAGGGUCAAGGUCACCUUCUGGAUGGAUGGGACGCAUGACUUCCCUGCUCAGCUGAAGGUCAGGAAGCGUACGGACUACAGUACAUUUGACAUCAAUCCUGUAAUGAACCUGGAUCCGUUUGGCGACCAAGAAAACCACAAAUGGGUUGCUUACAGUGCUUACCUGAGAUAUAUGACAAUUGGUGAGACAUUCACCCUCAAUUUAGAGGGCUCUUUGGGCGGUAAUCCAAACAACUCUGUGGCCGUUAACAAGAUUGAACUAGAAGGCGUGAAGGUUAUUCAAACUGACCUUGCUAACCUAAUGGACUUCGAAAAUGGCUUGUUUGGAUGGUCCACUGGCAACAUGGACGGAGGACGCUGGGUGCUACAAAGCUGGAGCGACCUGGAUCCCUCCCUGUAUGUCCCAAAACCUUCUGACGGCGAUAGCUUCCUCUUCGUGGAGCGCUUCGACAUCCACUCAGGUGUGAUCUCGCUGGAAUCACCCGCUUUCCCUAUUCAAGCUGGUCAGCGGAAAAAAGUUCAUAUCAAGUUCUGGAUUCGUGGCUCAGUAGUCUACCCUGCAGCUCUCAGAUUACGUAAGAAGUCUGUGAAUGGCGCAUACGAUGACCUUCCUUUCCUGAACCUCGCGGGAUAUGGGGACAUCGACAACCCUGACUGGAUUUUCCUCGACAAGCAGUAUUACAUCCCUGUUGACGAGACCGAAGAAGCAUUCCAGAUUGUGGUUGAGGCCGAUCUCGGGAGUGACUUGAACAAUAUGGUCGCACUGGACGAUCUAAGAAUCAUCACCGAGUACACUUCAGCUUAGAGGCAGAACAGGCCUAUUUUUCAAUCACGUCUGACUCAUACUUCAUCGAGAGCGACUUCAUCUUUGCUUGUAGAACUGAAAAGAAGAAAGAUAUUCAACAUAACUGACAUUUCAUGGUUAUUCUUAUAAGCAAAUAUUACGCGUUUUUGGUUUAUGCAUGAAUUAAUAUGGCUUAGUUCUAAUACCUCUUCACGUGUAUUUUUUAUUGUACAUGACAAAUAAACUUUUAAAAUCAAA